AUGGUGUUCAAAGUCACAUUCCCCAAACAUGCUAAAGGAGAUAUUAAUUCAGGACCUAGGCUCGCCCAUCUGCAGAACUGGCAGGAAAUAAUUUGCAGCCAAAGUAUGAAAAGAACUCUGAAAAUUAAGGAUUUCUUCAAAAGAAAGAAAGCAGGAACAACAGAGCAGGACAGAUCAGCCAGCAUUAAUGCUAGUAGUCAGUCAGAGAGCCAGCUUGAGGAUAGACCACAGCAGAAGGGGUCCCCAGCUUCUGCUGUGCAUAUGGAGUUGGACAAAGACUCUGGAGAUGAAGGCUGUUCAACUUUACCUGCGACUCCGGAGUAUGGGGUAUCAAGUCAGCCACAUUCAGACCAUGAAACUGACACUGAGGACCAACCACCAGAAGUACCUAUAAGCCCUGAGGUUUCCCAUGAGGAAAGUGAUGUUGCAGCCUCUUGUGCUCCACGUGGACCUCAUGAUAUUUCACAAUCAAGAGCAGCAGGUCCCACUCAACUUCAGCUGAAGAUUUUUCCUAAAACGGUCUUUGGUGAGAGGAAGAGAUCAUUCAAUUCUUCAUGGUAUGAUCAGCAUUCAUGGCUUGAAUGCUCUGCAAGCAAAGAUUCAGCCUACUGUUAUGCCUGCAGACACUUCUCCCUGCCUAGUGCAUCAGAAUCAGUUUUUACAUCAGAGUCUGGAUUUUCACAUUGGAAAAAGGCUAUGUUCAAAGAUGGUGGUGUCAAGUUGCAGAAGAAAUCUGUCACACAUUACUGCCAUGUUGGCUUGGAGUCAACAAAAGAGAGCUGUACUAACAGAUUCAUCCAUAAUGGAUAUGAUAAACCAAGAAUACAGAGAAAAGUGGAAGAGAAUUGUAGUUACAUUAAAACAAUUGCAGAUGUACUGCUUUUGACAGCAACACAGAAUAUGGCACAGAGAGGUCACAGUGAAUCUGAGUCUGAUAACAGAGGGAAUUUUUUAGAAAUUCUUGAAGUCAUUGCGAAACACAAUCCUGUAGUAGCCAGAAAAUUAAAGGACCUGGUAAUGCUAAAUGUACUAGCAAUACGAUCCAGAAUGAAAUCUUGCAGUGUUUAGCAGACAUGGUGCGUGAUACCAUUGUGAAGGAAGUGAAGAAGAGUGAGGUAUUUUCAGUGAUUGCUGAGGAAAGCAAAGAUCUGCAAAAGAAGGAGCAGCUGUCACUAGUUGUAAGAUACUACUACAAUGGUGCAGUGCAUGAAAGCUUUCUUUGUUUUCAACAUGCCGAACAACUGGAUGCUAAGAGCUUGAGUGAAAUGAUCACAGGAUGUUUGGAGAGCUAUGGCCUUGAAUACAAGUCAAAUCUCAUUGGACAAGGCUAUGAUGGAGCCACAGUUAUGAGAGGCAAACACUCCGGUGUUGCUGCAAGGAUAAAAGAAAAGGCAAACAAUGCUUUUUAUGUCCAUUGCUUGGGAUGAGCGAGUACACCACUAUCUGUAUCUGUAUCUGUAUCUGUUCAACCAUCUAAAUUAUCUGUAUUCGUAUCUGUACUCGAAGUGGGAGUGGCCUAACCCAGAAAUGGGUGUAGUUUAACCAAUACGUUAUUUUAAGUCCGAUCAGAAGUCGCUAAGUGUAUUGUUUAUUUGAAAACUAUUUACAGAGCAGCCUCAGAGUUGAGAUGAAAUGUUUUUGAUCACAAUAGUAAAGAAACUAUUACAGAACAAGUUUUUCAAUAAAAUCAGAACAUUAAUAUUUAAGUGCAUGAAUUAAGAGAGAGAGAGAGAGAG